AUGGCUUACCAAGCUAAGGUUGCUGAAAAGAAUGGACGCACAGACGCUCAAGCAGCCUUUACAGCAGCAAUGUCUGAUGACAUUUCUGCUAAGAAUGAGAUUGCCAAGUUUUGUGAACUGAACCCUCCAGAUCAGCGGUAUGCCAGGAAGCAGUUCAUUGAUUGGGCUGCAUUCAAAACUCUCCAUGGCCAAAAGACCGAGAUCAUUGACCGUUCCAAGUGCGCACCAAUGUGGGAGGGAGAAUUCAUAGCCUGGGUUAAGAAUGUGAAAGCGCUCCCUGAAGCUGAAGCCCAGGCUUGGUGGAAGGAGCACUUGAGCAAUCCCAGGAUUGACAGGGAUCAUGAUGGCUACAAGGGCAGAUUGCAGCUGUGGAUCCCAAAGGGCAUCAGCAAAAUCACAGACAAGAGCAAAUACACUGAGAGUUUUUCGGAACAGGGAAACAAGCCGUUGAAGGACCCGAAGGAAACGGACAUUGACAUGUUGAAGGAACAUGUGUUGAGGCAGCAGCACAGUGUGGUUGAUCCCUUUUUUUAUGCGAACCUCCCUGCCAGCGCAUCACAGUCUGUGCGGCCUAAGAUGUCUGAAGGUGAUGGGGUUGAUGUUGACCGUGCUGGGCCCAAGCUAGUGAAAACCAUGGAGAAGGACAUGAAGGCCAUCUGCAAAACGUUCCAGACAGCAACAGACAAGUGCGAGCAAGCAAAGAGCAAGUUGGAAAGCUUCCCCAGAGAGAUGCUUUUGGAUGACCUUGCUCUGUUGGGGUUACUGCGGUCUCUGGAUCUGAGGGUUCAUUUUUUGCAGCGUUUUGUGGACAACGAGUCUGAGACGACUCAGGCAUCUAUGGUUGGUAUUACGGCAGCUGAUGGGUCUACCACUGAAGACUUGACAAGCAAGCUCUCCAAGACUGCGCAAGAGGCUUUGUCCACUGGCAUGCAAGAUUUUGAGAAGAUGAAGACAAUGGGGGCUAUGGAUAUCAUCAAUGAGUUCCAAGCCAGACUCCCCUUCAAAGAGUCUGACACCUUCUUGGAUGAAGGGAAGCUGCGUGCAAAGAUCGAUGAGGCCUUGCGGCUGCAAAAGGUUGAGGACUAUGAAGCAUUGAAGGGAGAGUGGCAAGUGGUGUCUGCAAGUGCCACCAGUGUAGGCACUUCCAUGGCCAAAGUUGCUGGUGACAUAGCUGAACACUUGGACACCAAAGUUCGUGAAGCCAAGAGGCAGAAGACGCGCAAUGCCACUGCUGAGAGAGCUCAAGCUUUGAAGGCUAUCAGAGACCAGGCAAAAAAGGCAGCCGAAGAGCUCAAGGCAAAGCCCAAGACUGCAGCGGUGGCACCAGUCUUUGGGUUGGACCCUGACACUAAAAAGGACAACAUGGAGGCAGUGCCAGUUCUCGAUGGCGCAGACAAGAUCAAGUCAUGGUCCACGCCAUGGGUUGUGAAAGACUGGGAGCACGCCAAGGCCUGUUUGAGCGACAGUGCGUUGAAGAAGUCUUUAGAGACGUUCGCAGCGCAGUACAGGAAGCUGGUCGGUGAGGGUGGCAGGCACCAGUAUGCUUUGCAGGCUGGUGCUGUCAAGGCAGAAGUGGACAAAGUGCUGCAGCUUGCAAUGCCAUCCCAAGAUGGUUUCCUUGACUUGGAGGCUGAAGAUAUAGAUGGGGGAGGUAAGUUUAUGGCAGCCACAUGGCUGUACGGUUUUGGUCCAGACAUGAGCUUCUGCAACCUCAUGCCCAAUGCAGCCUCCCAAAUCAGGGUGCAUGUCAGAGGGGAGGUCAACAUGAUGAUGUUUGACUGGCACAGCUUUUGCGAGAAGAUGCAGGUGGCAAGUGAACCCUUCUCCUGUGCACUGGCCUUGGUGAGCAGCCUCACUGACGAUAAGCUGAAAGAAUGCAAAAGCAAAGGCGUGCAGAUGUGGGAGCAUACAUUGGUUGCUAAUGAGCUGCUGUAUCUACCGGUUGGUUGCGUCGCUGUUGAGACUUGUUGCUCUGGCUCUACUGAGGUCUAUGGAAUCCGAAAGUCGUUCUUUCCCACAGGUGACCAGCGCAUAGUUGACAACUACAAAACUGUGUUGCUGCAGUUUGGGAAGGACAAGCGCUCCGUGGGCGCAAUGGAAAGUGUCUCAGCCGCUCUGGACAGGGCUUUGAAGAAGCAGAGCGCCUAA